AUGAGAGCCAAUGAGAUUGUAUCCACUUUAGACCUGUUGUGGUGGUCGACAAAUGGCAGCGUGUCCGGAUAUUUGCUCAAGCAGAAGUUCAUUCUAGUCAUGACAGAUCUCUCAAAUCACUUCAUCACAGCAGAUGCUACUGGGCAAAAGAUCAAGAACAAGCAUUCAUUACUUCAGAUGAGAGUGAAGUCACCUCUGAAGGUCGUUGUUUCCUGCCCCUGUUCAACAUGUUUAUUAUGUUACCAUGUGGCUAUCAGGAGCUUGGCAGGGGUGUGCCUGGCCAACUAUGAGAGCGCAUUCCAAACAAACGCAAUUCAUUAUGAGAGGAACAGUGCAGGAAAUAUCUGGUCAGCGGACUUUGGGAUUUUUCAGAUCAACAGUUAUUGGUGGUGCUACGAACCAGGUUUUCCAAGUGCUGGGAAUGGCUGUAAUGUUUAUUGCCAAGAUUUAUACGAUGUGCAAACUGCCAUAAAUUGUGCAGCAAUUGUAGCAGAACAGCAAGGAAUGAAGGCCUGGGUCAGCUGGGUGGACAACUGCGAGGGAAGGUCAAUUCAGCAUUUCGUCGAGGGCUGCUGAUUGAAAUGAAAAUACUUCUGCCAUCUCUUCCCAACCCUGUGUAUGUCCCUGUUAGUAGUUGGCUCUGUAUGGCUGAGACCACUGCAACACCAGUUAUGCAGGGACCAGCUCUCGUUCACAGCUUAAUAAAAUAAAUGCAAGCAAAUA